AAGCUCCAUUAGAGCUAUCAGCAGUCGGGGGGGGACGCACUUCACAGCGAAGGCGGGGGUUGAGUUGCCUUUUUUUUUUUUUUUAAAUAUAUAUUUUUUCCCCCUCUUCGAAAGCUUGUGGCUGAGCACGGGGACCUCUCCGGAGCCUCCCUCCCAGCUCCCGCCGGGCUGAAGCCGGGGUCCCCCCCGCCGCGGGCACCGGGGGCCGCCCAUGGCUGCGCCGCCACCGGGCGCCGCGCCCCGCUGAGCUCCGCGGGCACCGGCGGCCAUCGCCCCUCUUCGGCCGGCGGCUCGGCGAGAGGAAGCAGGGCGCCCACCAUGCUCCGGUGCUGGUGGCUCGCAGGGCUGCUUGUAGCCUGCGCUGCCGCGGAGCCGCCGCUGCGCUGGGAGCCGCGGUGCCGGCAGCAGCUCCGCCACCUGCAGGACGGCGCCAGGAUCGCGGCGCGGCUGCCGCCCCGCCUGGAAGGCCGCUGGGUGUCCACCGGGUGCGAGGUGCGGCCGGGACCCGAGUUCCUCACCCGAUCCUACCUCUUCUACGUCAACCGCCUCUUCAAGGCUUACCAGUUCUACUACUGGGACCCCUCCUGCCGGGAGCCCUCGUACUCCCUGGUCAUCAAGGGCAAGCUGCGCCUGCGCCAGGCGUCCUGGAUCACCCGCGGGGCCACCGAGGCCGACUACCACCUCCACAAAGUCGGCAUCGUUUUCCACAGCCAGAAAGCCAUGCGGGAGGUGGCCUCCUGGAUCAACCAGACCUCGGGCGAGGGCUGCAGCGGGUUCCUGCCGCCGGGGCGCACCUGGGCUCCCGGAGCCCUCUACGAACUGCUGAGUGCCAAGUCCGAGCGCGACUGCACCGCAGCCCUGGGCUUUGCCAUGCACGAGCUCAGCCUCGUGCGGGUGGAGAAGCAUUAUCAGCCCUUGCUGGAGCCGCAGCAGAGCGGCAGCCAGCUGGUGGAAGAGCUGUACCUGGGGGACAUUCACACGGACUGGGUGGAGAGGCGCCACUACCGACCGACCGGUUACCAGCGACCGAUGCAGAGCGCCGUGCACCACGUGCAUCCUUGCCCGGCCUGUGGGAUUAUAUACAGAGCUGAUGAACACCACCCCCCCAUCCUCCCUGCCAGAGCCGAGCCGCCGAUGCAGCUGAGCGGCAGCUGGGUGAGCACCCACUGCGAGGUGCGGCCCGCGGUGCUUUUCCUCACCAGGUACUUCAUCUUCCAUGGUAACAACCACACCUGGGAAGGGUACUACUAUCACUACUCCGACCCGCUCUGCAAGCAGCCGACUUUCACCAUCUAUGCGUCUGGGCGUUACACCCAAGGCGUCCCCUCCUCCAAAGUGAGAGGUGGCACGGAGCUGGCUUUUAAAGUCACGCAGGCUCGGGUGACGCCGAUGGACCAGCUAACGGUGAUGAUGCUGAACUCCUCCGAGCCAGGCAGCUGCGGGCUGACAAACUCCUGGAGUGCCGGGGUGGAGCAGGAUAUAACACCGACGAACGGCUGCUUGGCCUUGGGCAUCAAGCUGCCCCACACAGAGUAUGAGCUCUUCAAAACGGAGCACGACACGAGAGACCGCAGCCUGCUGUACGUUGGCGAGAGGCCCACGGACGGGUCCAGUCCCGACCGUCCCGACAAGCGACCCACCUCGUACCAGGCGCCUCUGAUCCAGUGUGCUGGGGCGCCAGAGGAGUUCUCUAACUAUGUUAGUCUAAAGUACUUGGGAGAAGAGGAUGCUAAUGGCAGUGAAGCACUAAAACCUUUGCCUGUGGCCUUUUUAUUGUUUAUAGCACUGCAGUUUUUAAGAUGGGACUAGCAAUCUAUUCAGGUACAAGCACAGAAUCCAGAUAGUCUUGGUGCUAGCGUGAUUUUUAUAUCCUCCAAAUGAGUACAUCUGGAAUCAGUUUUACUUAGAUUUGGAAACGCUUUUUUUAAAAAAAAACAAAAACAAAACACAGUGAAUGAAGCCAAGAAGAUAUGCCUAUGUACUGUUUGUCCUCUGGCUUUAUUGCCUAAUCUCCCCUCUUGUGCGCAUAAAAAUUUAAUGUGGUGACAUGGAUGCACUGCACAUUCAGUAGAUAAUUUAGCAAUAUGAGGGGAAAAAAGAGCAACAUCAAUUACAAUUGCUGCUUGGAGCUUUUGACACUGCAAAGAUUUAAUCAAGGGCUUGAUUCAGAUGUAAUUCAAACAUCCAAAGCGUCAGCUGCUGAGUUUCUCUGAGGUUAAGUUCCCUCUCAUCAUACUCCUUAUUGCUGUUUGUGCAAAUUUGAUCUGCCGUGUCAGUCAGCAACAGCUCCGCAGUCAGCAAGUGCUCUUGGUAAGGGCACAGUUAAUCAGGCCUCUCGGUUUAUGGAUACUUUCUGCAGUUUUUGUGUGUAUGUACACACACGGAGAUGCAACGUACAGUCUUUCACUUACGUGCGUACAAAAAGCAGCCCUCAGAGCAUUACCCUGACAGACUGUUAUGCCUGACCCUGGUCAUAAGAGACGAUGCAGUAAAUGGAGAAGGUCUGUGUGCACAACUGCUCUGACUUUCAGCCUUACAGCGCUGCAGACGCUGCAUCCUUGCUGCAUUAGUCCGGCUGUCCCAGUGCAGUGCAGGCCUGCGCCUCGGUACGUCAGCAAAGGCAGCGCGGCGCUGCACGCAUGUCCAGCAGGCACAGGCACUGCCAGUCGUGACUCCGACUCACCAGGCACCAAGCGAAGCAAAAGAUCACUCGUGAGUCUUCUCAGGCCAUUUAUUUUCCAUCUCCUCUCUAAGCGUACUGGCAUAUGGGUUGUUAAUCCAGCUGUCUUUUCAAUCAAAAGUCACUUCCAGGUGUUCACGUAAAGAUGGCUUAUAAAUCUGCCUCUAGUGAACAGGGGGCUGAAGAGAGAACUGACCAGCUCCAGGACAACUGGAGCUCCACCAGCAAGAAGGACAAAGUAAGAAAUUACAUUCCCUUGUCUGCUGCAGCUAAGAAGCACAUAACUUACUUGGGGAAGACCUCCUCCCAGCAGCUAAAUCCCCUCCACAUAAACCUAUAUAUCUUACAAAGGAUAUUUUUGUUAAAUCAUCUAUGCAAUAGCUACCUUCUUAAUGCUGUAUUUACAAACUUGCAGCUUGUACUUAGAUAAUUUAUGGGUUUUAUAACACUUUUUUGGGGGAAAUUGUACAUUAAUAAUUCAAAUGAGAUGCUUAUUAAAUGCGUACAAUUGUGACAGAAAUGUUGUCAGCAUGUUUGCAUGUUUCAGGCAUGAUCAACUAUUAAUCAUGCAUGUAAACAGGUGUACUUGAUACACAAAAAGGCCAAGCUUGGCUAACUCAUCUUCAGUUCCAUCUGCAGACAACGGAGAGGGAGACUUCUCCGGGGGUUAGGCGAGCAGGCAGAACAGCUCCCUGUUUCUAAAGGCUGCUGUUCUUUGUUGCCUGCUACUGCACGGAAAUCCAUGGGCAAACGUUUGAAGGACUAGAAGCAUGUUUUGGAGAGCAGGGCUUUGUCAUCUUUGGAUGCCCUGUUAGAAUUAUACAAGUCGGGGCAAGCCGGGGUAGCAGAGCUGCAUCUCAUGCGAGCCAUGCACACAUUUUUUCCCUCAGCAGACGUGUUUGCCAUCACUGUGCUAAGGCGGUCACUCGUGGCAGUCCCAAGGAAAGGCUCUUGUUCCCCAGAUCAGCAAAGAGGCGUUUCUGCAGGACCCAGAGGUGUCCAUGGCGAGAACAGGGAGCAGCCUUGUGCUUGGGAGGGUGGGGAGAAGAAGGGGAAAGGCAAUUCCUGCCCUACAUUCUUACACACAAAAAUGAGAUCUGUGCGCUAAUACUUUUUUUUUUCCCCAUUUACGUACUAGGGAAAUUGUUUAAACUUAGCAAGUGUUCAGCAUUGCAACCGCAUGGCGUAAAAACACCUAAGAGACCACGCAUCCUUUCAAAGUGGUGAUGGCAUUAAUGUGAUGUAAAAAGUUACAAAACAACCCAAGACUGGAGCAAGCCCCAGCUCCUCCUGCAGCAGCAGUCACCGCAGCUCAGCUCCUGGAGCUGGGAACCUGUUUACACCCAGCUCCACAACCCCGCACAGCAGAUGGGAUGUGCUGACUACGCUUCCCUAUGAAAGCCUCAUCAGGAGCCUCUUUGUCCUGUUUCCCCCCCUUUAAGCAUACUUCUGAAGAGAAAGGAAAUCCAUGAAAAUAAUAUUUGCAUAAAUAUUGCAACUUUUAUUGUUCUGUUCACAAUUUUUGGAGAAACAUUCCUAAAUUAUACAGUUAUUCUCUCAAGAAUUUGUGCCUUUUUCCAAUUUGAAUUUGCCUGGCUCUGAUUGCCAGUCAGUGAUUCUUGUUUUGCUCUUUUUUAAGAUCAAAGAGAGCUGCAGUGUUCAGUAUUUUCUCCGCGUGAAGGUACUCGUGCACUGUAAUCAAGACAUUCUCAAUUCUGGUAGAUAAACUCAGCCAACUGAGUUCUCUCUAAGGCAUUUUCACACUCCACUAGUAAUUUUUCCAUCUCUUUUUGCAUCCAGUCCAAUUAUUCAGCUUCUCUCUUAAAAUGUAAAUAUCCAAAUUGCAUCCAAAAUUCCCAGCUCUCACAGCUGAGACACACAGAAAUAUAAUCACCCACUGCUAACAAUAAUUCAAAACAAGAACACGUCCUUAUUCAGUAGUCUUUCACCCUGGGACUGCACUGGGAGCACAUGUGGAGCUCUUACUCACUCUGGUCCUGGGUAUGGGUAUUUCUGUCACAUUACCAUUUUCUCAGUAGAGAUUUUGUGUGUAUUUUCACCAGCGAUAUGGAAGCACUGAAUUGUAUCAGAUCCCAGCAGGAGCCUUCUGUGAGCAUCCCCAUUUCAUUAUGGUUCUCUUUAAAAGACCACUUCUGAAAUGUGUGAUUAUCACAACAUAUCAGGCUUUUUAGGGGUCCAGAUAUAACAAUUGACUUUAAUCCCAAAUAAAACUGAAAAACAAAGAUAGAAUGAAAUUACUUACUUAGAUUAUGCUCCUUCGCUAACAUUCACCUCCUUUCCCAUCCCUUCUUUGGGGUGUCAGGCUAACCAGGCGCUGUACCCAGCUCAUCCUGUCCUGUUUGUCACUCCUCUCAUUGGCAGGUAAGAGAUGGCCUCACACAUCUCCUGUGGAAGUACUGAUGCAGGUUUGCUAGACCUACUGAAUGUAAUUUAUUUAUUUUUUUAAUUAAGCAUUGCUAAUGAAUGAAUUCAGUUCUCUUACCUCAUCACUAGCAGUUUCACCACCUGCAUCUAGUAACGGUGUGCAUCCUACUGCAAAGAUUCCCCCUGUACUUCAGCUCUUUGUCACCCUCUCCAAGCAAUCUGGCCCAUUCUUUUCCUUUGGCUAUUGCUUUCCUUAUUCAUUUUCUACACUUCUUAACUCAUUUUGUGUUGAUUACUGUUUCCCUUUUUCUUGUUUUUUACUAUUUUACAUCUAAUGUUUCCCUUUUCACUGAAUCAGGAUGGGCUUUCAGCCAGUCGUUCUCAAUUGCAUCAUUGUUGGUUUUUUGGCCAUUUACUACCUUUCUCUUAGAAAAUGGCCAACCCUAUUUCAGCUUUCCAUCUAAUUUCUUCACCACCAGAUCUGAUGUGAAAUUUGCUAAGCUAUGCCACUCUUUGAAGCAGCACUUCAAUCCACUAGCAGUUUGCAUGGCCACAUGCCCAGCAGAAUACAGUCAGGAUUCCACAGAAACCACCAGCUUCUGUGAUUCCUUUAUCUUUAACCAACAUAACCAAGACAAAGCUGAAUAACGUCA